AUGCCAUUGGCGAAUCGACUGUGGAGUUGCGCCUUUGAUGAAGGCGACACGACAUUGACAGACGGCAGGCGAUUGACUUCUGACAGCCAGCAGCCAGAAGAAACCGCAUCACUGCACCACUGCACCACUGAGCCACUGACGGCAGUCAAGCAGCCAGGCGAUGAGAUCUGGCACAACUGCCACUGGAUAUCCAUUGCCUUCACCCUUGCCUUGCUGGCCUUUGUGGUCGUUCGGGCAGCUCCUUUUCAUGGUGGAGCCACCAGUCACGCAUCUGUGCAUCUGGUCUCCCACGACGAUCACCAUGACGGAGGCCACCAUCAACAUCACGACCAUGACGAUCACCAUGACUCCCAUGCCGAGUACAACUUCAAGUAUGGAGUCAAGGAUCCCAAGACAGGUGAUGUCAAGGAACAAAGCGAGACAAGGGAGGGCCACAAGGUGACUGGACACUAUGAGCUGAUCGAUGCCGAUGGCCACAAGCGUACUGUCCACUACACAGCCGACAAGCACAAGGGCUUCGAGGCUCAUGUGCAUCGCGAGAAGGUGCACCACCACGUGCCCGUCCACCAUGGACACAGCGGCUACACAGGUGGACAUGUGGAGUUCGAGGAGCAUUCACAGUCGGGACACUCUGAUUACUCUGGCUACUCUGGCCAUGGUCAUGAGGACUAUCACUCGCAUGGCCAUGAGGGUGGACACCAUGGCUCCAGUUCCCACGGCUUCUCACUGAAGCAAGAACACGGAUAUGGACACGGACACGGACACGAUGCUGGACACGGACAUGAUGCUGGACACGGACAUGAUGCUGGACAGGAUGCUGGAUACGAACACUCAUACGGCGGACACGAGCACAGCUAUCAUUAA